AUGGCUUCCCGACAUGCUUCCCACUCUGGAUCAUGGUAUACAAAUAACCCACGCGCCUUAGCCCGUCAACUAGAUGGCUGGCUCGCGCAGGUUCCGGACACGAUGGAGAACGUUGGCUCGCUGCCAACCCCGGGAGCUCGAGUGAUCAUCGCACCGCAUGCGGGUUACUCGUACUCCGGACCGUGUGCAGCGUACGCCUACAAGGCGCUAGAUCUUUCCAAAGCCAAGCGAAUUUUUAUCCUAGGACCAUCACACCAUGUUUCGCUUUCGACACUGGCUCUGCCAACGUUGACUUCAUACUAUACCCCUCUAUCCGAUGAUCCCCUCCCGCUUGACACCCAGCUGAUUACCCAACUCUCCGAAACACAGGCAACCAAGCCCGAUGGGUCAAAGGUUAGCUUCACUCAUAUGUCACGCUCUGUCGAUGAAGAUGAGCAUAGCAUUGAGAUGCAUUUGCCCUACAUUCAUCGCCUGUUGCAACUCCAGUUCCCAGAUCUACCAACUUCAGAAUACCCACCUCUGGUUCCCAUCAUGGUUGGAAACACUUCACCAGCAACAGAAGAGGCAUUUGGCAACUUGCUAGCCCCUUACCUCACAGAUCCAUCAAACGCCUUCGUCAUAAGCUCGGACUUUUGUCACUGGGGUUCACGUUUCCGUUACACAUACUAUGUCCCGCAGGCCCCCAAGCCUGGGCCUGAACUUCCUUUGUCCAGUGAUGCACUUCCGCAGCCCGAUUUAGAUAUCGGCAGCAUCGACCAGAAUAUCGAGUCAGUAUCAGAGGGUCAUUCUUUGCGGCAACGAGAUCGGAUCUCGAGUCGCGAUCCUGCCAUUCACGAGAGUAUUUCUGCGUUUGAUAUGGCGACCAUGGCAGCUAUCACGAGUGGUUCCGCAAGAACUUUCCUCGGCGUGAUUGAUCGUACCGGUAACACGGUUUGUGGACGGCAUCCAAUUGGGGUAAUUAUGGCGGCUUUGCAAGUUGUCACCGCAGCUUCACCGGACGACAAGCAGGGACGCUUCUACUUCUUGCGGUAUGAGCGCAGCUCCGAUGUAGUGGUGGUCGAUGACAGCUCGGUGAGCUACGUCUCUGCGUUUGCAGUGCUCUAG